AUGAAGAUAAUAGGUCCCAAAGAACCAUUGACCACUAACCAAUACCAAAGGUUACAGAUUAAAGUGAAGUUGAUUGUGUGUGAUAUACAUUUCCUUAAGAAGUGUCAAAAGUGUGAUGUGUUCCCCAACUUCAUACAGUUAAGGACUAAAACUACUACCAGAACUGGACAAAUAGCCAUCCUCAAAGCUAAAAGAGAAUGGCUAAAAGCUGAGAUCAAUGAAAAAUACAGAAUAAGAGCUAACCUGGAAAUGGAUUGUUAUAAAGCUCACAAACAACUGAGCAAAGAAUACCACCCUGUUGAAUGGGAUGUGUUUGAAACCAGACUGUACAACACCAUUUACAAAAUGAGAAAAAGCAAAACAGAAAAACUGAGCAACAAACUGAGAAACCUCAUAAUCAAACAGAAAGGAACAACAACAGACCACAUUGAGAAUGAUAAUCAACCUGAGACAAUAAAAAACCUGACAAACAAAACCUUCACUGUAGCUGAACAAGAACUACUCAAGAAAGGAUUGAAGUUUGCCCUGCCACCUAAACAAGCACCCAUUGAGGACAUAAUAACUGACAUUGAUGUAGCAACCAAAAGGCUUGAUUACAACACCAAAACAAAAAUCAGACAACAAUGCAUAGAUGUCAUAACAAAGACUAGAACCACCAACCAACCAACAACACACCACAAAACCAUGAAAAGUCUCAAACAAAAAGAUGUGCUAUACAUGAAAGCAGACAAAGGAAAUGCCAUAGUAGUUAUGGAAAAAGAUGACUACAACAACAAAGUCAAUGAUCUGUUGAAGAAUGGACCCUACAAAGAACUUGCCAAAAAUCCACUGAACAAUAUGAUAAAAACCACAAAGACAGCAAUCAAGAACAAGAAUUACAAAAUACCCUCCAACCCAAAAAUACCAAAGUUAUACUGUCUGCCAAAGAUUCACAAACCAAACAACCCAAUGAGACCAAUAGUAUCCAACAUAGAUGCACCCACAUACCAGAUUGCCAAACAACUUGUCACUGAAUUACAAGCCAUUAAUCAGCCUGUCACAUACCAAAUAAAGAAUAAUGAAGAGCUUGUGGAGAAACUGAAAAACUACCAGAUAACACCAACUGAUAGACUCAUUUCCUUUGAUGUCACCAACUUAUUCCCCAGUGUACCCAUACCAGAAACCUUGGCCAUAAUGAAAGACUGGCUCCAAAAAGAGAAAGUUUCCCAAGAAAGGAUUGCUGAACUCAUGAACCUCACAGAACUAUGCAUGAAACAAACCAUCUUCCAAUAUGGUGGAAAGUUCUACCAACAAACAGGAGGAACAGCAAUGGGGAACCCUUUGUCACCAUUCAUGGCAGACAUUUUCAUGGGCCACUUGGAAAGCAAACUGAAGGAAAAAGAAAAAGACUUCCCUAAGAUUUGGUUCAGAUAUGUGGAUGACAUAUUCAGCAUUGUACCAGAGGACUUCAACAUAAAUGGUUUCCUUGAGACCAUGAACAAACAAUAUGCAACCAUCAAGUUCACCUAUGAAUAUGAAAACAACCAACAACUGCCAUUCUUGGACAUCCUAAUCACCAGAAAAGACAACAAAUUGGAAUAUGACAUCUACAGGAAGCCUACUCACACCAACAACUACAUUCCUGCUGACUCUUACCAGCCCUGGAGCCAAAAACUGGCUGCUUGUAAUAGCAUGGUCCAUAGAUGUUGUGCACUACCCUUGAGCCCAGGAAACAGAAAGAGAGAAUUUGACCACAUUAAAAGAGUAGCCAACAAUUUGGGAUACAAGACCAGAACCAUUGACACCCUCAUCAAAAACCAUAUAAGCAAACAAAGAUUAAAAGAGAUCACCACAUUCCAAAGAGAUAAACCAGACAAUAGAAGAGUCAAGUUGGCCCACUACCCAGUCAUAACCAACAAACUUUGUCAGAUCUUCAGGAAAAAUGAUCUAGAACCUGUCACAACUAAUCAACAUAAACUGAAAACCCUACUGGUAAGCCUCAAGGACAAGGACCCAAAAACUGACCAAUCAGGAAUCUAUAAGAUCACAUGCUCUGGCUGUGACAAACUUUACAUUGGACAGACUAAGAGAAACAUCAUAACCAGAUACAAGGAGCAUAUGCACAAAGCUAGAUACAAUAUUGAAGGAAAAUCAGCAAUAGGAGACCACAUUAUAGCAACUGGACACACAAUAACUGAAGUCAACUUGACCCUAGAAAAACCAGUUGCCAGAAUAUCAGAACUACCAAUUAGGGAAGCAAUAGCCAUGCACAAAAACAAUAGAGAAAAACUCCUCAAUGAUGACUUGGGACCUUUGGACAUUGACCUGCUCAAAUGCCUACAUGGAACCAGUCACAUACACAUUCCAACAAACAGACACACCCAUCCUGGUAGUGACCACACCCAAGUUUUAGGACCAAUCACAACACAGAGAAACUGA